AUGCUAGCUCGAAAGGCAAUCCAGCGAUUGGCUGUCCGAAACGGUGGUGGUGGCCUCAAGGCUGUUCCCACUGAAGACAAGACUGUCGUCGAAGCCCGAGAUGCUCUUUACAAGCAGAUUCCCACCGAGCUCCCCGGCACUGGAUUCUUCAAGACCCGACCCGUCUUGACCAACCAGGACCAGAUCGACAUGUACGGUCCCACUUCCCUCCGAAAGUUGGAAUUGGAAGCCAUGGAAGCCGGCUUCGAUCUUUUCUCCUCCUACGAUGACAACACUCCCUACGUCCAGAAGGGAGAAGGCACCAUCGACAACCCCUACAUCGUUCCUUCCCGAAACGUCGGACGAGUCGUCAUGCUCGACGAAACCGAUGAAGCUCCAGGUGUCCAGGGAAUCGGUAUUCCUCGACUUGUCUUCUGGGUCUGGCAGGACGGAGAUGGUCACUCCCCCAACGGAAUGACCCGAGAUCCUUGGUUCGGUACCUACUGGAAGCUCGAGAAGUGGGACAUGCCCGAGAUCGAAAUCGCCGCCGUCCACUCCCACGGCGAAGCCGUCUAUUAA